AUGUCACAUCUUAUUUCAGCAGGUACAUUGGGCAUAUUAGCAGGUCUAUUCCAUCUUAGUGUCCGUCCGCCCCAGCGUCUAUACAAAGGAUUAUGUAUGGGAAAUAUUGAAACCGUCCUCUCCAGUAGUAUCACUGCUGUUUUUUUUGCCGCUUUUGUUGUUGCUGGAACUAUGUGGUAUGGUUCAGCAACUACCCCGAUUGAAUUAUUUGGUCCCACUCGUUAUCAAUGGGAUCAGGGAUACUUCCAAGAAGAAAUAUAUCGAAGAGUUGGCGCUGGGCUAGCCGAAAAUCAAAGUUUAUCAGAAGCUUGGUCUAAAAUUCCUGAAAAAUUAGCUUUUCAUGAUUACAUCGGCAAUAAUCCGGCAAAAGGGGGAUUAUUUAGAGCGGGCUCAAUGGACAACAGGGAUGGAAUAGCUGUUGGGUGGUUAGGGCACCCUAUCUUUAGAGAUAAAGAAGGUCAUGAACUUUUUGUACGUCGUAUGCCUACUUUUUUUGAAACAUUUCCGGUUGUUUUGGUAGAUGGAGACGGAAUUGUUAGAACAGAUGUUCCUUUUAGAAGGGCAGAAUCGAAGUAUAGUGUUGAACAAGUAGGUGUAACUGUGGAGUUCUAUGGCGGCGAACUGAAUGGAGUCAGUUAUAGUGAUCCUGCUACUAUGAAAAAAUAUGCUAGACGUGCUCAAUUGGGAGAAAUUUUUGAAUUAGAUCGUGCUACUUUGAAAUCCGAUGGUGUUUUUCGUACUAGUCCAAGGGGUUGGUUUACUUUUGGACAUACUUCGUUUGCUCUACUCUUUUUCUUCGGACAUAUUUGGCAUGAUGCUAGAACCUUGUUCAGAGAUGUUUUUGCUGGUAUUGACCCAGAUUUGGAUGCUCAAGUAGAAUUUGGAGCAUUCCAAAAACUUGGGGAUCCGACUACAAGAAGACAAGUAGUCUGAUAUAAGAUUGAUUUCUUACUUUUUAUCUUUCUUUUUGUGAUUUAACAUAGUUUAACAUAAAUAGGGUACCGGAUAAAUCUUGAUUUGAAUUGCUGACUUUCCUUUGAUUCUUUCUUUUUAGUUAUCCGGGAGACGAUCCAAAAUAAACAGGUAUGGAAGCUAUAAUUGUAAACCACAAUCGAAUCUAUGGAAGCAUUGGUUUAUACAUUCCUCUUAGUCUCGACUUUAGGAAUAAUCUUUUUCGCUAUCUUUUUUAGGGAACCGCCUAAAGUUAAAA